GUAAUGAACAACCAAAGGGCCGUGUCGUUUGGACUGGAAACGUCUUUUUGAGUAUCAAAAAAGGACUAACAAGAUGCACUUUUCUCGGACCACAGUUAUGUAUUAUGAACUUUUAACAUUGAUGUCAAUUGGCACUGGCAUUCUGUUCAUUACUUGUUAUCUCCAUAAUAUCUUUCCGAUACAGUUGGUAAACACAAAAUCAACAGGAAUUGCAGAUAAAAAUAUAUACAAGAAAAUAUAUUCAAUAACGUGGAAUAAACGACCUAGCGUGAUACCAACAGGUCUGCUCAAAUAUAAAUUUAGGAAGUGUGAGUUCAGGAAUUGCAAGAUUGGUGUAGCAUCGGAUAAAAUUUCACUUGGUAAAAGCCAUGUUGUGUUAUUUUAUCAUACUAGCCUUAAUGGUAAGGUUCCAACUAAGUCGUCCAAUCAGAAGUGGGUAUUUAUCUCUAUUGAAUCUAAAGCAUAUACAAGCAAAAACUUUUUAAAAAAAAAAUGGGUGAAUAAAUUUGAUUGGGUAUUCAGCUAUAGAACAGAUGCUGAUAUCUAUUUCCCGUACGGACUACUGGCAAGAACAAAAAUACAAACUGAGAAAAACUACACAAAUAUUUUCCUUCAAAAGACGAAAAAUGUUGCUUGGGUAGUGAGCAAUUGCAAUGCUGCUUCAAAGAGGAAUAUAUACAUUAAGGAGAUGAAUAAAACCAUAGAUGUUGACGUAUUUGGAAGGUGCGGUAAAAGUUGUUCUUCUCCUUGGAAUGAUGACACCUGUUUAAGCGAUUUAAGUAAAGUAUAUAAAUUUUACUUGGCGUUUGAAAAUUCUCUAUGUGAAGACUAUGUCACUGAAAAGGCAUUCCGGUUCUAUCAGGACGGUUUUGACAUAAUUCCAGUGUACCGGGGAGCUCCGAAUAUAAGAAACAUUUUACCAGAAGGUACAUUUAUCUCCUCCUUGGAUUUUACGUCGCCUAAAGAACUAGCUUUACAUCUAAAACAUGUGGGAAGUAAUGAAAGUUUGUACACUAGUUAUUUGAAAGCAAAAGAUCAGUUCUUGUCAAGCUCGUACUCACAACAGGAGAUGUUGCAAUCUCUUCAUUGUUCUGUUUGUGAAAAACUCAACACAGGGUAUAAACGAAGCACUAAAUUGAAUUUAACACACUGGAUAUUUGAAAAGAAAUGUCUUAUCCCUACAGACAUUUGACAAUAUGAUAUGCAAUGGCGUAGCUUACAUUAAGGCAAUGGGGCAACUACCUCACAAAAUGUGUUGCCGAGAAAAAAAUUGAAGGGGGAAAUAAA